AGUUGGUUUUCUCGCUUUUCACCGAGACGUCGGCUGGCAGGACAGUGUAGGCCGCUCGCUCGCCGUCGCCCCCCUUCGCCUGCCCAACCAUUAGUUGCGUUAGUUGAGAGGUAUCGCUCGCUCGUGUCCGCAGCUCUUCUGCAGCAGACAUGUCUGCAACCGUCAGCAAAACCACCAAGACCUACACCUACCGCUCCUCCGCAGGUGGCAACGCUGAUGUCAGCAUCGAGUACACGGCUGACCUCAGUGCCCUGACCCGCCUCGAGGACAAAAUCAGACUCCUGCAGGAUGACCUGGAAUCGGAACGCGAACUGCGCCAAAGGAUCGAGCGUGAAAAGGCCGACCUGAGCGUGCAGGUGAUUACUCUGAUUGAGCGACUCGAGGAGGCCGAGGGCGGCGCAGAGAGCCAGUUUGAGAUCAACAAGAAGCGCGACACUGAACUGACCAAGCUUCGCAGACUGCUGGAAGAUGUGCACAUCGAGAGCGAGGAGACGGCCGCCCUGCUUAAGCGCAAGCACCAGGAGAUUGCCAUCGACUUCCAGGAGCAGAUCGACGCCCUCACCAAGGCCAAAAAUAGGGCCGAGAAGGAAAAGGCGAAAUUCCAGGCAGAAAUCUACGAGCUUUUGAGCCAGGUUGAGGUUGCCAACAAGGAGCGACUGUUGGGGGCCAAGACGAUCGAACGCCUUGAGAUCACUGUCCACGACCUGAGCAUCAGAAUCGAAGAGAUGAACCGCACCGUCAUCGACAUCACCUCCGUCAAGCAGAGGAUUUCUCAGGAAAAUAUUGAGCUGACCAAGGAGGUGCAGGAACUCAAGGUUAACAUUGAGAAUGCACUCUACCUGAAGAGUCAAGUCGUGACUCAGCUUGAGGAUGCCCGCCGUCGUCUUGAAGAUGAGGACAGGAGGCGCUCCAACCUGGAAGCCACCCUUCACUCUGUGGAGGUCGAGUUGGAUUCUAUCCGCGUGCAGUUGGAGGAGGAAUCCGAGGCUCGCUUGGACCUGGAACGCCAGCUGGUGCGUGCCAGCGCCGACGCCCAGACCUACAAGUCCAAGUACGAGACCGAGGUCAACGCCCGCGCCGAGGAGGUCGAGGAGAUCCGCCGCAAGUUCACCAUCCGUAUUCAAGAGACGGAGGAGCACAUCGAGACCCUGAUGACCAAGAUCAACGCCCUGGAGAAGCAGAAGUCGCGUCUGCAGAGCGAGAUCGAGGUCCUGAUCAUCGACCUGGAGAAGGCCAACAACACGGCCCGCGACCUGCAAAAGCGCGUUGAGCAGCUUGACAGAAUCAGCCUGGACCUGAAGACCAAGCUUGAUGAGACCACCGUCGCUUACGAGAGCACCGUCAGGGACCUGAGGAACAAGCAGACUGAGUUGCAGCGCGUGAACCACGAGCUGGACAAGACCCGCGACCAGAAGGAGGCCCUCGUCCGCGAGAACAAGAAGCUUGGCGAUGAUCUGUCCGACACCAAGCUGCAGCUCACCGAGGUCAACCGCCGCUACCACGAGUUGGAGAUCGAGAUCCGUCGCCUGGAAAACGAACGCGAGGAGAUCACCACCGCCUACAGGGAGGCUGAAGCUUCUCGCAAGGCCGAGGAGCAGAAGGCUCUUCGUCUGCUGUCCGAGUUCAACCAGUUCCGCCACGACACCGAGAAGCGCAUUGCCAUCAAGGACGAGGAAAUCGAGUCCAUCCGCAAGCAGACCAGCUUGGAGAUCGAGCAGCUGAACUCUCGCGUCAUCGAGGCUGAGACCAAGCUGAAGACCGAGGUGACCCGCAUCAAGAAGAAGCUGCAGAUCCAGAUCACCGAGCUGGAGAUGUCCCUGGACGUGGCCAACAAGAGCAACAUCGAACUGCAGAAGACCAUCAAGAAGCAGUCCCUCCAACUCACCGAAAUCCAAGCUCACUACGACGAGGUGCACCGCCAGCUCCAGGUUACCGUGGACCAAUAUGGCGUGGCCCAGCGCAAGCUGCAGGCCCUCACUGCCGAGCUCGAGGAGAUCCGCGUAAACUACGAAUCGGCCCUCCGCGCCAAGCGCGCUGCCGAGCAGCAGUACGAGGACGCGACCACCCGCAUUUCCGAGCUCACCACCAUCAAUGUCAACCUCGCCUCCACCAAGAGCAAGCUCGAGCAGGAGCUGGCUGUCAUUGCCUCUGACUACGAUGAGGUCACCAAGGAGCUCAGAGUCGCCGAUGAGCGUUACCAGCGCGUCCAGUCCGAGCUCAAGCACGUUGUCGAGACUCUGCACGAUGAACAGGAACGUGUUGUCAAGAUCGAGUCCAUCAAGAAGUCCCUUGAGGUCGAAGUCAAGAACCUUUCCAUCCGCCUCGAAGAGGUCGAGACAAAUGCCCUGGUCGGUGGCAAGCGCGCCAUCAGCAAGCUCGAGGCUAGGAUCCGCGACAUCGAACUGGAACUUGACGAGGAGAAGAGGCGCCACGCCGAGACCAUCAAGAUUCUGCGAAAGAAGGAGCGCCUGGUCAAGGACUGCGCUCUGCAGAACGAGGAAGACUCCAAGACCAUCGCCCUCCUCCAGGACGCCUAUGACAAGGUCAACACCAAGGUCACGCUCUACAAGAGACAGCUGCAAGAAACUGAGGGAAUGUCUCAGCAGAGCGUGACCCGAGUGAGGAGAUUCCAGCGGGAGCUGGAGGCGGCCGAGGAGCGCGCCGAGACCGCUGAAAGCAACCUGUCCCUGAUCAGGGCCAAGCACCGCACUUUCGUCACAUCGUCGACCAUCCCUGGCAGUCAGGUGUACCUAGUGCAGGAGACGGUCAGGUCGUCAUCCGCCGAAUAUAACUAAACACCAAAACACAUACGCGUCAUCUUAAGUACGAAAGAAUAAGAAUGAUGAUAAAAUCACAUCACGGAGAAUAAUCGGGAACUCUUGGACUCGCUGCAAAAGCUGUAAAGGCAGACCGACCGAAUGUUCGUUGCAUUUCAGCUUAAUGUUUGUGCUGCAAACAGAUUAUUCAAAUAAUAUAUAAAUCAAGCCUUUGUGUCCGUUCGCGCAGCUGAACAGCAGCUCGGCUCGUUUUACAGCUUUUGCACUGAAGACAAAAAAUUCCGCCAUGGGUGUCAUUUUUUAUCACACACGCUAAAUUGUUGGAAACUAUUGUGAAAUAAUAACAGAUUUAUCGUAUUUAA